AUGGCUAGAGAGCAGCUCCAGGAGGGAACCCCAGGAGAUUUCUUUGACCUGUGGUUGGACUUGAAAAUAGGUAUCUGGGCCAUGCUGGGGCGAUCAGUGGAUGAAUUGGGGACGUGGUUCCUGGAAUGUGGUCGAGCCCUUUCUUUGGUGAUCACGAUGGCCCUCUCUUGCGUCAUCAUGGCCCACUUAUACUGGAGCCGGCCGCUAGCCACACCAUCCUGCAGGACAAGGACCCGACCUACAUGGGCCAUGUUCCUGCUUGCCUUUUCGAUGUUUCAGGGGGGACAAGCCGGUGGAAGUGCAGAUGACCGUCUGGGAACAUGGAGGACUCCUUCGGAUAUAGAGCUGUGGAGAUCUGGGCAGCUGACGAGGAGAGAGCAAGCUGCCAGAGCAGCGAGCGAUUUUAUCCGUAGCCAGCCAUUGGAAAGUGGAGGCCUCUUCCUUACGACGGUGUAUGAGAAUGGACCGCCUACCACUUUGCCGCAGCCACCCGGAACUUUGGACAUGCACGAGUUCCCCGAGGACCCUUUUGAGUUCGUCGAAGACUUGGUGCCCACGCAUCACAUCUCAUUCUGGAUCUGUGCGCCCUUCCACGAGCCGGAAAGCUUGGAUGUCGCUAUGUCCUUCCCGCAAACCAUGAAUCAGAUACAAGAAAUGAUCCGAGAUUCAAUCCACGGACUGGACACUCCUUGGCUCACUGAACUCAUGCCGCCGGUCCCCCAGAUUUCCGGGGCUUUUGGCAGCUUCAUCAUGCUGCCACGAUGGGCACUACAGGGUGACAAGAAGGCGGGGACCUUUGUUUUCUAUAUCAGCUCCCCCAUCACCCGCUUUGCAGUGUUGAAUCAGCUUGCCCUGGACACUACCGCACCGCUGGAUGUUUAUGUUGGUGGAUCUUUUGCGCCCCUUCAAGAGGAUGAAGGGCAGAACCCCUCCAAUGGAUGCCUCAUCAAGGUGCUUUUGCAGGGCGAGGUUGUCGAUUGGCAGGGCAGGAUCGAGGACCGGUUACAGGACCCGGCCCUGUGGAACCCUGAGGAAGAACACCCGGCACAUGUGGGCAACAGAUUCAUCGAGUUUCAAACUACUGAUGAGGUGCACCUGCACUCGCUGCAGCGACAAUGGGAACAAGGGCCAAUGAAUGUCGCCAACGGAUCGGCCAAAACGAUUGUACAAGGAGACGACAUCAAUAGUCUUCUUCGAUUUGCAGCGCAUGGGGCGCAAUGGCUGGCGGUCGAGGGCGACUUGGUGCAUCCAGGGGAGUACUUGGAGGGACUCCAGCUGCCCUUCUACGAGGGCUUCACUAUUGUAGUCCAUGGUGGCCGGAGACAUGGAGACCAAGGCUACCUCAAGAUCACUGACGGCGACGUCCUUGAGGUGCACCUCCAACCUGACGACGAGCUGACCCCCAGCAGCCACACCUACAGCCCCAGACACGACUCCGGAGCAGACGACAGCAAUGGAGACCAAUCCGAUGAUGGAGAGGGCCCAGCAGAUCCUGUGCUUGGACCAGUACUGCACGACAUUGACGUGAACGAGGUCGCCCUCCCGCACGCGGUCGACACUGGGAUGACUUUGUCUGGGACGUGGGCGCCUGAGUGGGUCGCCCCGGAUCUCAGUGAAUGGUCACUUCCGCAGGUUACCAAAGACCACGUCAGCAACUGGCCCCCAUGGCCAAGUUUCCUAUUUGGGCUGCCAUAUGGUGCCAAGCCUGAUGUUGCUAUCUUCACGGAUGGAUCCUGGCACGAGGCAAGUCAGACUGGUGGGUAUGCGGCUCUGCUGGUUCUGAGUUGGGAUGGCCAACACUCGGUGUUUGGAUUGCUCGGUGAGCAAACUCAUGGCAACCCUCAGAGCCUAUGGCCACUUGAAGGACCACCAGCACUACGAAACGAGGAGAUAGCACUGUUUGCUGCACUGUUAUGGCUGGCGCAGAGCAGCAACUUCUGUCGCUUCCGUGCAGUGAGCCUACAUUAUGACUGCUAUGGUGCCGGAAAAGUCACCAGUGGAGAAUGGUCGCCGGGCAGCCCAUUUGCCGAUAAGCUCCGCUGCGUGCACAGAUGGGUUGAGAAAAUCAUUGACGCCCCGGUCGACAGCGUACACGUCAAAGCCCACAAAGGACAUCCUCUCAAUGAGGCUGCCGACCUUUUUGCCAAGCAAUUCGCGCAAGGCGGCAAAGCACGGUGGACCAGCGAUCCAUGGCCGGUUGCCGAUCCCCUACCCAAAGAAGAGCUUGUGCCCAUCAAGACCGCGAGCAUUGGAAACAGUGACACGAAUGCCACGAGCUUCCAGGUAAACUUUGCCACAGCCAAUGUACAGGGCAUUGGGUCCAAGCACAAGUACCUGGAGGAACAGUUCGACCACCAUGGCACCAAUCUUGUCCUGUUGCAGGAGGUUACAGGACAUUCUGGCUGUUGCCAGUCCAAAAACUACCUCAGGCUGACGACUGAGAGUCUGAGGCAUCGGGGAGUGUCAGUCUGGAUCAGCAAACGACACGGCCUCAUUGUACAGGAGGGCAAGUCUCUGCCUGCAACGGAAGCGGAUGUUGAAGUCGUCUAUGAGUCACCGACCCUCCUGAUCCUCACGAUCGACGCAGGCGGCUUCAGGAUUGGGCUAUUCAGUGGCCAUUGCCCACAUGCAGGCCGCCGAGCUGAUGCCGACACCUUCCUUGAGGAGCUCCGGCAACACCUCGUCCCACUGAACACCCUCCACUUGGUGCUUGGUGGGAUUGACUUGAACGGCAGGCCGCCGAAACAUGUUGCCAAUACUACUGGUGACCUGGAGUUUGGAGAGCCGGACUGCACCGGCAUCACCGCGGCCGAUGUUUUCAAAGACGCGGCAUGCUGGCUACCUCAGACCUACAAGCGGUACCAUGUUGGCAGCUCGGUGACCUACCGCCAGGCAGGCGAUAUACUACGAAAAGUGAAGAAAGCUGGUUUGGGCGGACGAAAGGGAAGGACCCCUUUUCGGCCGAUGCCGAUCCUGAUGACUGACGAGGGACACACUGCGAUCCCCCGCGAGGACAGGGAUCAAGUCUGGCUACAGCACUUCGGCAAGCAGGAGUGUGGUGAAGUGUUGGAGCUGGAGUCUUUUGCGACUACGCGACCGGAGCCGCUCAUUGUCGACGAAGAGCUGCUCUGGUCCAUCCGACAGCUUCCGGCGGUCGGAGAAGUCGAACAAGUACUACGCCGUCUUCCUCGGAAGAAGGCAGUAGGCCUCGACGCUGUCCCUGGUGAAUUGUUGUGCGCUGCCCUGGGACCGAUGGCAGAAGCCCUACAACUCUUGAUGGCAAAGUCGAUGAUGGCCCUGUGCCAGCCACUUCAGUGGCGGGGAGGCCUCCUCUUUGAGGCCUGGAAGGGCCAAGGCAGCCACAAAACACCGGAGGCGUACCGGUCGUUGUUUGUCGCCUCGACGAUAGGAAAGGCGUACCACAAGGUCUUGAGACAGAAGGUACAGCAAGAGGUGGAAUGCUCGCUGCAUUCCUUCCACCUUGGCGAUCGCAAGCUCGCCCCGGUCACCCUGCCAGCGCUCUACGUCUUGUCAAAUCAACGACUGGGUCGAGAAAAAGGGUGUUCCACGUCGGCCAUUUUCCUCGACACCCGUGCCGCGUACUAUAGACUAGUGCGCGAUUUGGCGGUUGGACCUAUCUACAGCGACGAAGCGGUGACCCGCCUCUUCCGGCAUUUCUCCCUGGACCAGGAGGAUUUGCUCGAGAUGAUGAGUGUGGUGCGGGAUGGUGGCAUGUUGGCCGAUGGCGGCAUCGAAGGACCACUGCGGCACGCAGCGAAGGAUGUUCACCACUUUACGUGGUUCACCACGCCACACACAACAGGGCAGCGAGUUUGCCGCACGGCUGCAGGGAGCCGCCCAGGGGAAGCGUGGGCGGCAACCAUUUUCGCAUUUAUUUAUGGGCGAGUCCUGGCCAAGAUCUCAGAAAUUGCCCGCGGCGAGGGGUUAUUGCCGAUCCACCCGGCGGACCUACAAUGCGGCGUUUUUGCUGAACAAGAUGAGGGGCAAACUGCGAUCGGCCAAGACGCAACCUGGGCCGAUGACAGCUCAUGGAUCUUGUGGGACUGGGACCCACUACAGCUCCUCACCAAGACCGCCCGACUUUCGUCGCUCAUACUGAGCCACUGCAUGAGUCACGGUAUGAAACCGAACCUGGGCCGCAACAAAACUGCGGUCCUCAUCAAGUUGCGCGGACCAGGCAAGGCAAAGGCUGCCAAAGCGGUUUUCAAAACAGGGCGGUCCGUUCCCCAUCUGGCAGACCUCCAGCUGGAUAUCCCCACGACCAACCUCUACAAGCACCUUGGCGGCCUUGUUGAUGACGGUGCAACCAUGAUGGCUGAAUCAAGAAGGCGGCUCAGCAUGGCGUCACAAGCGUUUGACCAGGGAAAGAGGCUGGUGUUUGCAAACUCGGCCAUUCCGCUACCCACGAGGGCCAUGUUGUUGCAAGUUGCUGUGACGGCGACAUAUCACAACAUGGCGGUCUGGAUCCCAGGAGGCCAAGCAUGGUCUCACAUCUGCGGUGGUUACUCCCGCAUUGUUCGCAAGCUGCUCAGCAAGGCUCUACCUGGCGAUUUGUUAUUCGCCUUGCCUCCCGCCAUUGCUCAUGUGGUCACGUGUUGCCCACCCUUUGCUUUGGUGGCUCGGAAAGCACGGCUUAGUCUGUUGGUUUCCCUCUGCAAGGCAGGCCCGAUCGAGCUGUGGGCUAUGCUGCAGGCGGAACAAACUUGGUUCCAUGCAGUCAGGGAGGACCUGAAGUGGCUGGUUGGUGAAGAGGUGAAGAUGAGACCUGGCCAUUGCUACACGGGGCGGCAUGGCCGGAAUGGCGAGGACUGCUGA